UAAGAACUAGCGACUAGUAAUACAAAUAAUAACCUUUGCAACUUAAAUUAAAAGGCACUACACGGAACAAUUAGCGUACAGAAGGAGAAUAAAGCUAUACUAAGAUGUUAUCUGCAGUGAAAACUAAACUUCAGCCAGAUGACAAAGCUUUAUAAGCUAAUAUGUACCUGCUAGUAUGAGAAGAAAGCCAGUCUACCACCUGCCAUUCAAUUUAUAAAUGCUCAUAUGUUGAUGUAUACCUGUAAUACUAAUAAGGCAUGAUGUCAGUUACAGGAAAAUGUUUCAUUUUGAAUCAGAGAUGUUGUGACCACUUCCAUAGUGGUGCCAUGAAGAAAAUCUUAUUUCUGCUUGCAUUGGUUCAGGGAUUUUUGAUCUGGCACUACUAUUCUGGAAAGAAGAUUUCACAAUCUAUUCUGUUUAGUGACAGUCCAGCUGGUUCUGUUUCUGGAUACGUGUAUCAGAGCUUUCACCAGUCAGGUCUCUUUCAUAUACCAUUGACACAUCAAGAGGACAUGAAUUCCUUUUAUACUGAAAUAAGUAACAAUGUAUGGUGCUUCACCCAAGGUGUGAAUUACACCAGAUACUAAAAAAAAAGUAAAUGUAUUUGUUUGACUGGUUGGUAUGGCUCAGAUUGUGGUCUUCCACAGUCUGUGUGGAGUUCAGAGUUCUUACUGGAUGGCACUAAACCAGGAGUAUGGAUCAAAAGACGUGAUCGUCCCAGGAGAAUUAUCAAUGGUGUUGUCUUCACAGUAGAUUAUGAUCUCUUGGAGAUCCGUGUCAAUGAGUUGAACAGUUCAGUGGAUGCAUUUCUUAUAGCAGAACAGAAUUGUUCUACUAUGGAAGAUGAAUCUUCUUCACCUCUUUUAUCCAAACUACAAGAAGGAUUUCUUAAGAAAUUUCACAGUAAAAUUAUUUAUGUUUCUAUAGAUGAUAUUAGUUCUAUAGGGUUUGAAUCCAUAGAAGAUAGUGCAUGGGAAUAUGUAUCUCAGAUGGAAUUAUGGAAGAAUGGUUUAAAAAUGUUAUCAGAUUUUCGUCCUGAUGACAUGUUUGUAUUUUCUAAAAUGGCAGAUAUUCCAUCUCGUGAUGUUCUUCUUUUCUUCAAACUCUACAAUGGUUUUCCAGAGCCAAUUGGCUUCCAUUUAAGGACUGUAAUGUAUAAUUUUGCAUUGCUUGAAUCUGUACCAAGCUACAAGACCAAUAGCAACAGGAGUGAAAUUAAGUUAAUGGCAUGUUCCUUUACAUUUUUCAGCUCCUAUUGUGACUACAGUAUAAAAAAGUUGCAAGAAAGGAAGUGGGAUACAAAUUCAAAACUGUUAACAGAAUUUCAGAUGAACUUUGAGAAGUUAAGCUACUGGAAAGUUGGAUCUCUGAAGACACCAGCUGGUUGGAGUUGCCGAUGGUGUCUUCGGCCACGUGAACUGAGGAAAGCUCUUAUUGAUCAGCAGUGUCCAAACAAACCAAUGGGUGUUCCUCAGGUGUCUGAUACCUUAGUAAAUGAUAAUACAUCACUUGCCAUUGAGAUGUUUGCCAAAUCAGGAAUGUCACUGGACAAGUCUUCCUUUGGACAUCGAGUAUUUCAAUCAGAAAAUGAUCAGUACUAUGCCCCUUCUUAUGUUCUUCUGAAUAGGAAGAGAUUUGAUUUCCUGUUGGGAGAUAUUAGUGAACAUGUACUUCAAGUGAGAACAGAAACUGUGAACUAAGGCUAAACUGCACUGGUUAAUAAGAAAUUGGAAAAUAAAUUAUUAACUAAUGUACAUUCUGAGUGUUAUUAAAGAUGCAUGUAAAAUAAAAUAUAGUAGGAUGUUGAAAAUCAGUAUUACAGUAUGAAGGCUGUAACAAAUAACAGAAAUUGAUAGAUUAGGCUUAAUGUUAACUUCUGAUAAUAUCACUGAGUAUGUAUUUAGUGCCUGAAUGAGUAGUUUAUUGUAAUAUGACUAAAAUUUCAUUAUAUCCAAGAUUUAUCAAGGGUUUAUUCAGAGUCCAUUUACAGUAUAUAAGACAAAACUAAGUACUGGUGUAGUUAAUACCUUACUAUUUUUAAAAAUGAUUAUUAAAUUUUGUUAUUGCAUUAAUUUUAGCCACAUCUCAAUAACAAGAAAGCUAAGAGUGGCUUUAUUCAUAAUAAUUUUUUCUUUAUUAAUUGAUUACAUUUAAAUAUCAGUCCCAGACUUGACAGUGUAUGUGUGUGUGUGUGUGUGUGUGUGUGUGUAUAUAUAUAUAUAUAUAUAUAUAUACUAUGUUGGCAAAUGACAACAUUGGCAGAUCCUAUGUUGUAAAGAUCGUGGCACAGUUUUACAUUAUGAUUUUUUUAAAAGUACAAUACUUCAAUGUGUAGAAAUGGAGAAAGUUUUACAAACUUCUCGAGUUCAAUGAUGGCACAGUUUUACAUUAUGAUUUUUUUAAAAGUACAAUACUUCAAUGUGUAGAAAUGGAGAAAGUUUUACAAACUUCUCGAGUUCAAUGAUGACAUUUACUACCUUGUGUUCAUUUGAAGUUUUAGAUUUACAUUCACUAAUGUGAUAUCUUCCUGAAAACAUUUUAAUUUUUGCCUUCUUUUCUUCCCAACUAAUACAAAAUCAACUUUUUACUGUCUUAGCUAUUUUCGUACAAAGGCCUUUAGUUUCAGUUUCCUGAUUGCUUUUAAUUGCUUGACAUCGACAAUUUAACUUUUACAAAAUGAAUUACAACUUUUGGUCGUAGAUUGAUGAAGAAAUCUAUAAAACAUGCAGUUAUUUAUGGAGUUGACCCUACAUUAUGGAUAGAAAUCAGGAAAAAUCUUUUUUAUUUUGUUUAAAAUAAUGUAUAUUUUAAUAAAAAUGACAAGAUUUUUUAUAAGAGAGUUUGAUGGGAAUGCUGUUAAUGAACUGCAACUAAUUAACAGUUCUGAGACUUAACUUGAAAAAUAGAACAUUAUGUAUCUCUGCAUUGAUUUGAGAACAAAUGUUUACCAGUGCAAUAAGGUAAAACUGCUCACUUUUUAAAAUAUUUCAAAUUUUCUAUUAAUGAAAUAGGAUUUAUCUUCCCAGUUGAAAGAACACAAUAACUGGUAGAUUUAUUCUUGAGAUAUAGAAAGCCAUUCCAUGUUGACUUGCUGUCAGUAACCAUGUGACUCUAGGUUCAUGUAUUAACCUAACCCCGUUACUACCCACUCUCCCACCUUUCAUGUGAUUUAUUGCAUGUGUGGUAUAUGCUGUACUUUCUUCAUAAUUCAUAUUUCUAAGUUGCAGUCAUGAUGGAAAAUCUUGUAUCAUCUUGUUGUGUUUGUGGGGGGUUAAAUUGUAUGCAGAAAAAAUGCAGAAGUUAAAAUAGCAUGCAAGAGUUCCUACUGGACUAAUUCAAAUAAAUUCAGAAUCUCUAAAGAGAAGGAGAGACUGCAAAUAAUCGGGUAUGAUAAGAAGAAAUGCAGGGGUAGGUAAUAACCUUAGUUGCAUUAAACUGUGUAAACAUAGAAUCUCCUAAAAGAAAAGAGUAAAGUUUUUUUUGUAUUGCUCAAUUGAACGACUUCUCAACUGUAGACACCUUGUAGUUGUUAACAAAAGUGUUGGGAAGCAAAGAAAAACAAACUUGAAUUACUAUGCAACAUAGAUGUGGGUCUAAGUGGUAAAUAAACAGGUAGUUUAAAAUAACUCUCCUGCUGUGGCUUCCAUCUGGCUUGGUGAAUAACCAUAGCUGGCAAACAUUGAUUUCUGAAGCUGAAAAUAUAGUAAUAUGUUGUAGAUAGAAGUUUAGAAAUGUCUUUGAAUUCAUCCACAAGCUAGCCUGUAUGAUGCCUUAUAAUGGGUACUGAGACUGGAAAGCCAAAGACAUUGCCAGAUGGCAAAUUUGAUGAGGUAUACCUCAAAAAAUUCACUCGUAAGGUGUUUGGAUAUAUUAUGAUACACAAGAUGGAUCAGAUGCACAAGGUAGUUCUUUAACAUGGAUGGAGCAAACUUAACAGCACAAAUGUCAGCAAGAAAAUAUGAAUCAUGGAUGAAAAACAGGGCUUACAUAAGGUGGGAGAGUGGAGAAUUAUGGGUAAGUUGAUGCAUGCUCUGCAUUGCAUUAAGGACAUUCAAAACUUUGAGUCACACAGUUGUUGACAGCAGGAAAGCAAUGCAAUAAGGAAAGGCUUUCAGUAUUUCAGGGGUAAGUACCUGUUUGAAAUUUAUUUUAACCUACAAAUUUUUUGAAGUUGAUUUAUUAUUACUCUUAAUCUUUACAAUAUUGUUCAUUUAAAUUUGUAAUUCAUCUUUGGCUGUCAAAGAGAUUAUUUAUUCCAAACAUUAACAAAAAUUUGUGUUAUGAAAUAUACACCUUCCUACUAAUGAGUAUUUAAUGUAGCAUUGAUGUAAAUAUUGAUAUUGUGGUUUGUUUACUAAUUUUUGGUUCUCUUAGUUUUCUUUUAUAUUACAAUUUUUUAACAAAAAUAAUUAUAUAUAAAGCAAAAUUAUGCAUUUAUUUUAAACUAUCAUUGCUGUACAAACUUUGUUAAAAAAAUUACUGUGUUUGUUGCUUGAUGGUUUACUAACAAAAAUAGGCACAUGUACAUUUGAGUUUAUUGUUGUAUAGAACCAUAAGUAGUGAUUUAGACUUGGUGCAGUGUUAUAUUCUAACUUAUAGAGGUAAUAUUUUGUGGCAUAUAUGAUAAAAACAAAGUUGCUUAUGCUGGAACUAAAAUUGAUGAAAUACUAAUUAUCAUUAUAGUUCUCAAAACAAAAAAAAAACUAAACAUA